CACAGUGCACCGAACACGGCAGACCCGUCUCUGCGGGAUCACGGCAGGGUGUUGUGCGCGGUGUCGUGGCCGAGGUGCCGAGAGUUAUCGGCUGGAUCGUCCCACGUGGAUUCUCCAGGUCCGCGUCUCGCCGACGGACUCCCUCUUCGGGUGUCCUCCGCCUCCCUGUGACGCGUGCCGUCGUCUCUCGGGACUUCUUCGUGGUGGACUCUCGCGUGUGGUGCAUGGUGUUUCGCGAAUUUACAUCAGCGGCGGACGGCGCUUACAUAAAUAACGACACACCGACUCGAGCUCCGUCUAUCAGUCGCACGCUUCCAGUCGCGCUUGGAGGGAGAGGGAAAGAGAGAGAGAGAGAGGGAGGGAGAGAGUGGAAGCGCUUGGGCUUUUCUCGGAAGCGGACGAUGACCGAUGAUGUUGCGAAAUUCGCGGCCAGCGAGAGACUGAGUGUAAUAACCAACGGCGAUUGAUCGAUCGGCGAUCGGUGAGAGGCCUAUUCUCUCGGCUUACUACUCGAGUGAGAUAGAAAAAAAGCGUCACGGAUCAUCGAGAUGAGCGGGAUGAAGAAGGCGAUCGGCGGGUCCAUUCACAGGAUACGGGAGUUCGAGCUUGAGAAGGUGAACCUGAUCGACGAGUUCGACAUCCUGCAGAUCGUCGGCGAGGGAUGGUUCGGCAAAAUCCUGCUGACCGAGCACCGUAGCACGCAGACCGAGAUGGUGCUGAAGGCGUUGCCGAAGGCCUACACCGGCAUCUCGGAUUUCUUUCGGGAGUUCCAUUAUGGCUUACAUCUGGCGGCUCACAGAAACAUCAUAACCACUUACGACGUGGCUUUCGAGACGGCCGGCUUCUACGUUUUUAGCCAGGAAUACGCCCCGCUCGGCGACCUCACGUCGAACGUGACAGAGACGGGGUUGGGCGAGCUGCACGCGAAGAGGGUGGCCAGGCAACUCGCCGCAGCGGUGCACCAUAUACACAGCCGCGAGCUAGUGCAUCGCGACAUCAAGCUCGACAACAUACUCGUGUUCCGGAGCGAUUUUUCGCGAAUCAAGCUCUGUGACUUCGGCGAGACCAGACGGGUCAAUACCGUGGUGCGAAGGCACAACGAGUGGCUGCCGUACUCGCCGCCCGAGGUACUGCAGAUCGACACUGACGAGACGUACAAAGCUCGCACGUCGCACGACGUCUGGCAAUUCGGCAUUGUCCUAUUUGUCUGCUUGACCGGGUGCCUGCCAUGGCAGAAGGCGGCGUCGGACGACCCGCGGUACACCAGAUAUCAAAACUGGCACAACGCGACGUUGAACAUCGCCAAGAAACCGAAAUUAUUUCAGCUGAUCAGCUCGCGGGCGCAGAGAAUGUUUAAGAGGCUGCUGGACCCGAAGGCUGAUAAGCGACCCGUCAGCGUAUUGGAGGCGAAUAAAUACUUAGAGGACAGAUGGCUGGCGAAACUCGGGGCCGAGAAAGCUUUGAACGGCGGCGCCGACGAGCGGGACGAGCUCUGUCCCUCCAUGUACAGCUUCCACAGUUCCUUGGAGGAGAAGAAUCAACUCCUCCACACGCUCACCACGUACGGCAUCGAGACAACGGUGGACCGAUCGAAGAAGAGAGAUCGCAUCAGGGAGUGGGUGCAGUCGAGCGCGAUCGCCGAACAGAACGAGGAGGACGAGUCCGACAUGUACGAGGACUCGGAGUUCUACGAAGAGGAGGACCGGGACGUCGACGGGAACGAGAGCGAAGAGGCCGAGCCGGUACCGAUGAGGGGCAGACAUUUCCCAGAAAGGCGUCCGAGCGCGGCGAAGAACGAUCCCCGAAAGAGAAGGACUAUUAGGGCCACCCCGGCCCCGUCGAAAAGCAGAGUGCCCACGAAGCCGCUCGAAAGGAAGAUCCCCUUCGCACCCCAGGUGGCCGAAGAGCGCGAAACGAUCGCGCGGUUCGCCAGUUUCCCGAACGGCGACCCGAGCUUGGCCGCGAGGAACGGCAACAAUCAGACUCGCGAGCGCACGGCCACGUCGCCGAGUGCGCCCUCCGACGCGCCAUCGACGACGUCGAGUCACCUGUACGCGAAUAAUAUCCCAUCCUCCGCGCCUAGCGCCAACGGCCGAAGCGUCAGGGAUCCCGCGAGGGACAACGCGACGAGCCCUCCAAUCGCCGACCAAUCCCCGGUCACUGCAUCGAGUACUUUCCCGAGCAAGCCAUCGCCGCCGAAGAGCACGACGAGUUCACCGGGAAACGACCUGGCCGCAGCCAGGAUCUUGCCGACGAGUCCGCAGAUCCCGGCCCGCAAGAAUCGCGCUCACACCGCGCCGUUUUCCGACGCGACGACCGCGCGAUCCUCCGACGCGGACUCGACGCGGCGAGCGCAGUCGGCGGCGAUCCUGCGGCCCGUGGAAGCGGACGAGUCGUUGCCACCCCGAUCGACGAAGACGCCGGUAACGUCGCCGUAUCCGAGACGGCCGGACAAUCUCGACACGUCGCGAACGGCGAGGUCGGCUUUGCCAGCUCGAGCUGUCGCCGCGCCGAUGACAAGCCCGGUCGAGACUCCGCCGAAUAACAGCGUCCCCCCCGGCCGAGUGGAGGGCACACCGCCGAUGGCCGUGCAAAUCCCGACACCGGCGAACACGCUCUCCAUGUCGACCGCCUCGUACCUGGUGAUGCAGAGCUUCAACACUCUGCAGGGCAUCGCGAGCGGCACGCCGACCACUCCGCCGACGAACGCGAGCCCAAUGAAGCUCGGGCACGAAGGGGUGACCGUGAGCUACGGCAAAGACGCAUACGCGCACUACGGCAUCGCUCACGGAGCGAUCCUGCCGAUGAGGGUGGACGUCGUCAGGCAGGACUCCACCGGCAGCGGCAGUCGAUCUGUGAGCAACUGAAGGGCACGAGGAACGCGGAGGAUUGUUCUCGAGACCGACGGUAGCUGGAGCUUCGCGCGAGCUACUCCAGCCGGCGAGCAGCGUCCUUGGAGCGUAUAUCCGGAUUUGGGGAUCUAUGAAGUACCCUCUGAAAAGGUACAACGGGUCACGACGGCUGGGAGUCGACCGAGGCAGCCGGAGCAACGAGUCGAGUACGUACACAUCGCCAUUCGCGAUAUUUUCCGUUUCAACGACGUCGGCAGCGGAUCACUGGAGGAAUCACUAGGGGGGUUUUUCCGCCCCGACGUCCGCGUCGACGUGAAACGUCGGCUGGUCCGUUCGGCGGCACCGCGGUUGAUUAUUUUCAAGGGACACUUAUAUCGCCACGUGUUGCUCGCUCCACCAAGCACAACGAGAUAAAAUUAGCGCGGCGCCUCGCAAGAGUUGCAGCAUGCGAGACCGUCCCCGACGGCGGUUAGCUGCGGCCGUUAUCGACCGUGGGACGAGAAUUCUUAUUGUUUUCAGCGUGACGCGAGACUCGGACAUUUUAAUACGAUUCCCCGUUGACUUUCGCGUCGGGCGUCUUUCGCUGCGAGUAACGCAGGGAAGAUAUAACGCGCGAGAGAACGCGACGCGACUCAGACAGACGUGCCUUGUGAUAUAUUAAGGUAGUUGUGCUCGCGACAAUACCAUCGGAAAGUUCCGUCGCACGACGCGAAAGAGGAGUCGAGUAAUUUAGGUGUGUGAUGUGUAUAAAUAUCGGCACGCGUUUUAAACGUCUAUCGUGCUGAUAUACUUUAUUAACUCUCAAAUGGCCAAUCUCUUUUCAAUUGCGCAAAUGACGAAAAAUCGGAUCAAUGGUAAAGCUCGUUCCGUUUUUUGAUCAAAAUCAAAAUGAAUGUAUAUAACAUUUAUUCACUUUAAAAUACAAUCAAUCAUAUAAAUAAGCGCGAUCUUGUUCGAUUAUCCGCCAUCGUCUCUCCGAUAGCUGCAUGAUUCCGCGAAUUCCGUGGAAGUUCUGGGAUUUCUGAGCGAAGAACCGACCGAACAACGGGACGAGCUCUCGCAUCUGAUAAUAUUUUAAUUGAUACGCAGCCGAAGUUAUACAGCGUGGAUUCCCGGGAAAUUUAUUUCACGAGGCGACUACCUUCUUACUAUCACGCUCCUUCUCUCUGUUUCGACUCGGUCAAUACGAGCUCUGCCAACAUUUUGAGAGAAUGUGAUAUACAUAUACAAGUAAACGUAAACAUAAGGCGAUGAUUUGCACGUUAGUGUAAAAUGUCAAAGACACGUCACCUUUGAGAGAUAAUGCUUGUUGCUUGAACGUGUUAUUUAUUUUUCUUAUUGAAACGGUUGCUACGCGCGAUGAAUUGUAUCGCGGCUUCGCUCGUCGCAUUGACGCAAUUCCGAAAACGACGAAGCGGAACGUAUCGCCCGACGAUAUUUGUCUCCGGCGGCAAUCGUGCUUUCCACGGGGAGGCGGAGCGUUUGAAUAAAUCAUACGAUAUCAUAUCAGACGUACGCGCUCUCGUCGCCGACACGCACAUGCACGUACAGCGAAUAGCAUAUUGUCCGCGUCAGCUACUCGCACGUCGCCACGGACCGUUCGCACAAAUAGCCAUAUUUCACUCUUCCUGCCACUUUCGAGGCGGGAUAACAAAGGGAAACGAUCGAUCCGAUAAGUACACGCGCGAAUGACUCUCUCACGCGAGCAGGAUAAAGAUCGUUUGUUAUAAUCGCCGAUACUCUCUCUCUCUCUUUCUCUCUCUUGCCGGCGGUGCUGGCAUGUCAGGGUUAAUGUGCAGGCACACCGGCGUCGUUAAUUAGUCAUUCGAGGUGUUCGGUAUUGCCUGAUUUACGAGCGACGCGAGAGCCUGACUUAGAUAAGCUUCCUUCGGCGGCGAGUUUAAACUCCGACGUCGCGGUGAGACGUCGCGACUAUUAGCGUCGCACGAGGAGCAAGGACGACGCGGCGACGACGAUGAGAGCGGGACGAGGCAGCGGGCCGGAGACCCGACGAGGGUGCGCGCGUGUUUGGCGAUGUGGAAAUAAUUUCUGGGUGGGUCGUGGCACGAAUUAAUUAAGAGAUACGUAAGUAGCGCAUAUUGCGCAGGAGACGCAAUUACCGCCGUCUUUGACGCCGCGAGAAACGCGGCAACGUGCGAAAGAUACGGGGGAGGGCCGCGAAGGUAGUUUGUUGUUUAUCGUCGGGACUAACUGGCGAAAUAUUACGACGCGACCGGGCGUCGCGAAAACUUCUACGACACGCGCGUUAAUUAGUGUUUAAGUCGAUGUUACUGCGUGGGCGGUGAUAAGUCCGCUAAUUUACUCGAUUUUGGAUCGCCCGGGCGCGAGCACGUUAUCGCCAUCGAUUCGUUCAUACGGAGAUUUUACUCGUCAGCUCGAUAUCAGCUUGAUUAAGUGCCGGAUUUUUAUAUCGCUGUGCGGGUACUGAUAGUGGGUAUCGGUAUUGGGUUACACAAAGUCGAACAACUCAUCAUUCAAAAUCACCCUGGCACUGUUUGGAAAAAGCGAAAACCGCCGUACGAAAUUUUUUCACCGAGUCACGCGCCAAAUCUCGCUUCGCACGAUAAAAACUUCCAAUAUUCUUUUUAUUUUGUAAAUAUACAGGGUUGUGUAAAUAUACAGGGUGGGGCAAAAACGGGCGAUUUAAAAAAUCUGUUUACUCCAUUAUUAUUAGAGCAAGUUAAUUAGGUUAGGUUAAUGAAUAUGCACGUUAACUUGUCGACAAUGCUAUUCCAUUUAAUUAUAAUGGAGCGUUUUUUGCACAGAGAGAAAAAACUUUCUUUGGAUUUAAUAAAAUUUCUUUGAUUGUAACAAAUUUGUCUUUUGGAAAAGAGCAAACAAACGGAUGUUUAAUUCAACAAACAGGACUAAUUUCUCGAAUAAUAAUAAGUAUUUUUAUAUCAUGAUAACACAUUUCUUUCGUAUUUUUAUUACAAAAGUUAUAGUCACAAGCAAUUAUUCGAAAGAGGUAACGUUAUAUUAGAAAAAUAUUAAAGGGAACUUGAUUUUAGUGAAACAAUAUUUCAUAUGUAACGAAAUAAAUUUUUUUAUUGAAAACGAAAUAUUAUUUCCUCUAAAUAAUACUGUUUUUAUAUCAAACAGGAUGGUUUAUCUGAAUGAAACAUUUUCAUUCAAACAAAAUAUUUGUAAUAUCGGUUUUAUAAUGUUUUAACAUUUUCUAUUUCCCACACGCAUGCAGUUGCGUACGUAGAUUUUAUAUACAAGUAUAUGGGGCCUACAGUUUAAUGCCGAUUCCGAACGGUAGUUUUACGAAAAAUUUGAUAUUAAAUUAUACGUUGUUUACAUUAAACAAAUCCAAGUGAAACGAAGUGAACUAAAUUCCAAAAAAUCUCUGCAACGGGAGAUAGAAUUUCACACGUUCAUAAAUAGCUUUUUAAAAUCGUCCGUUUCUUUGUCCCACCCUGUAUAAUCUGGGAUUUUUAUGUAGCGAUAUAUCGGGUAUGCGCCACCACGUGUCGUAACAGUACGCGUGAACGCGUGUUAUGACGAGAGCACACGCGAGCAGCAUAAACUCGUAGCGCGCGAUAUGCCGAGGAAAAUGGUCUUUGUCUCACCUUCGUGUGCCAGUUUUUCGUCGAGAUACAGCAGUUCGAAAAUUUGCGGAGUGUGAUCCUUUGCCGGCGACGCGACGAAUGCGCGCGAAGCACAUAGUAGUCGCGUCCGCACUGCGACUUCACACCUCCGGGCUUCUCCGAGCGACGGUGCGUACCGCUAACGUGAGCGGCACGCAACAUUGUCGCGAACCGCAGUCCUCAUCAGAGAGAUUCGCCGCUUGUCGAUAUUUCCAUUUUGAAAAGUCGCAGCGACGUCGAAUAAAAUGUGUUGGGAAGCUUAAAUUGUCCCGCAUCCGACGAGAGAACGGUCGUUUCUCCAAAUCGUCGUUUAAUUUUGUGCUUUUGGCCUGAAGACAAAUCGACGACUGAAAGCUCGAUUUUCAUUCUGACUUGAGCGAAUCGGAAAAAGACGAAAAGAACAAGUCGCAUCGUAUACGACAUAAUGAUGAUUACGGACGACGUAAUCUCUCGUUUAUAAUAGCGUAAGAGUGAAUUGUAAUUUAAUUUUUAUAAGCUGUUCCAGUUUACGUUUUCGUUAUAUGCUUCGACUGUAUCAAUAUUUAUACGAAGACUUAUUAUACGUCUCAGUUUAUUGUUUUGUUUGGAACGGGAAAGCCUCCGACUGCGAUGGCGGAUUUACCUCAUUCACACCAAUUGCCUAGCGCCGUGCGUAUCGCCGUGAAAAAACAAAAGAUCACUCUGAAACAUUACGAAUCGCGCGAGUGUCGAUAAUUGCUCGCAAUUGAAUGACCGAUUUUUAAUAAAGGAUUCGUCGAAAAUCGACAGCCAUGCAUCGGCCAAGCGCUGUUGUUGCGUUCCUAUACAGGCGUCCUCGUGGCAUCAACCCCUGAUCAAUCGAUUAUAUCUCGAUGUAACGUGCUUUCCGCGAGAUACUCGCGCAAGCAUUGUUGAUUAUAUCGUUAAUAAGUUAAUACUGAUUGAAGUUAAUUAGCACUGGUGCUAAUGUAAAUUAAUUAGUAGCGGCUGCCAACGGUAAAUUAUCGAUUUCCUACAAGUAUUACGCAGAGUAGAGGCAGAUUCGGCGCGUGCUGUUACGCUGUUGUCCCGACGGAAGCAAUCUUGGAGCCGCGCGAGGAGGGCAAUACGUACCGGAGCGCGCGAAGCUAGUCGAAUAUAAUUAUUGACCGUACCUCCCCCACCGUGUCCGCUCAUAGAACGCAGUCGCAUCGGUUGUCCUUGAUCUGUGUAGUAGAAACGCGUAGUGGACGCAGCUGGCCAAAAACUGUCGCUUUGCGAGCGUCACGCUCGACACCUUUCGCCGUCCGCCAGUCCGCUCCCAAAAGCCGCGCGGAUGAAAAUUGAUGAAACCACAAUUGGUGUUAAUGGCGUACCACAACUUCCCCUCGUUGCUGGUGCCGUCCAGCAACCUUCUGCAUCCUCGUUACGUUGCUUUCGGCGUGUCUAUUUCGGGAUCCGAUCGGAUUCGGUCCGGGGAAUCUACGCGCGCCCGCGAUCUACACGAGAAGAACGUACGAAAUUGUAAGCGCUAACGAUGUUGUUACAGUAAAUAAAACGAACUCCUCACGGA